AUGUCCUAUUGGGAGGAUCUAGAAAUUGAUGACUUGCUCCGCGCUAUUGGUAAAAGCUUGAAGAAUUACACGGAACUCCCACAACCUCCAUUGACUUACCUCCACCACGGCACAAAUAAUCUUAUUAUUGAAGAAACUAACUACAACCUACAUGAAAUGAAAGUAGAACAUGACAGUCUCUUAUCAAAGUGCAGCGAAGAGCAAAUUCACGUGUACAAUAAGGUUUUGGAUUCUGUCAAAGCUAAGCAAGGUGACUUAUUUUUUGUGUAUGGUAGUGGUGGAUGCGGGAAAAAUUUCCUGUGGCGUACGCUAAUAGCCAGGCUACGAUCUGAAGGUGAGAUUGUACUUCCUGUAGCGUCAUCUAGGAUAGCUGCAACACUUAUGCCUGGUGGACGGACUGCACAUUCUCGAUUCAAAAUUCCCAUUGUUCUUGACGAUUACUCGCUUUGCAAUAUAGGACACAAUUUGGAUAUUGCUGAACUCAUUCGACAAACCAAGCUCAUUAUUUGGGAUGAGGCACCUAUGCAGCACAGGUAUGCGUUUGAAUGUUUGGAUCGGUCACUCAAGGACAUUAUGAAAGCUGUUGACCCUGUUCGUGCAACAUUGCCAUUUGGAGGUAUUACUGUUGUGCUGGGAGGAGAUUUCAAGCAGAUUCUACCUGUGAUAACCCAAGGAGAUAGAGGUCAAAUUGUUUCAUCCUGCAUUACUAGAUCUCAACUUUGGUCUAUCUGCACAGUUUUCUUGCUCAUCAAGACCAUGCGACUCAACCAAGGCCAAUCUCAAGAGGAAAUUGACGAACUCACUAAGUUCGCGCAGUGGGUUUUAGAUGCAGGAGAUGGCAAACUGCCUCUUCCGGAGUUAUAUGUGGCUUAUGCAACGGGACCAGAAUGA